GCGAACAUCCAUUUGUAUCUUGCAGUGCCAACUAUUGGCAUUUACAUACAGUUAAAUAUAAAAGAAAAUGCUAUGACAAGUUGGUCGGUACAGCGCAAAGGAACCUCUAGCUUCCCGUUUAUGAGAGUUAUGGCGAUUUGUGAAUUUGUAUGUGCUUUGUUAUUAAAACGUUUUAUGCAAAAUUAAGGUCGUUUCGGGGAAUCACGGACACUGUGUUCGGCAUUACCAGACAUGCGACUAAGCGCCGGAAACAAAAGUCUGAGAUUCUUACAUCUACACCUUUUAAGGCUACGUUAGAAGAGAAACAAAGAAAAAGAGAAGCGAAAGAAGCAACCUUGGAAAGAAGAGCCACAAAAAAACAGAAACCGAAAAAAAAAUCGCACGUUAGAAAAGUUUUCGAUUCGUCUAGUGAAGAUGAAAUAGAUGAGAGUAAAUUGUGCGACGACGAUGAACUCGACGAUAUGGAUCCCCAAAAUAUGAUGGACUUUGAAGGAAACGGAGGAGAAUCCUGCUUAGUAUGUGGGGAAUAUGGAAAAGACGAAAUUUGGUAUCGUUGUGUUUCCUGUGGAGGUUGGGUAGUACACAAAAUGUGCAGUGGAAAAGAUAGCGCUGUAAACUAUAUCUGCGAUGUUACUUGCAGUUAAUAAAAAAACUUAGUUGUCCAAUUUUGUGUCUUUUUUGUUUUGUUCGGUAUUACCCACCUGUUGUACAUCAUUACCCGAAACCUUCGGGCAAUGCCGAACAUGCGCACUUUUUUUAAAAAAAAUAUUGUGUCAUUUUACAAUUUAAUUUUCGCAUUUUUUGGUAUUACAAUUGAUUUGUUAGGGUUUCCAGUAUCUGUUCUCCUAAUUGGUAGUUAGGUAAUGGCUACACUUAUAGAGUUACUGAUUUUUUUUCUUAAGUGUUCGCAAUUACCCUUCGCUCC